CAAACUGCAGAAACACACUCAAACGCAAUAGGGCAGAGCUUCCCCUUCCCUUCAAAACUGGCAGCUAGUUGAGUCAGAGAACAAGUGACACCAGAUCCCGCCACCUCCAGCAAACACUCUCAUAUCACAUCACCAUCAGCUUCAUGCUGUCUUCACCUGCAGUGCGCUGGCAGAUUCUUCUUUCGGCACCUGUUGACUCCUUUUUCUGCUGCACAGCGGGAGGACUUUGUAGAAAGUGUGCGCGAUGCUCCACGCGGUCGCUCCUGGCUCUGACCUCUACCUUCUGCCUAUGCGGGUGAUUUAGAGGCACAAGAAACGAGCUGUCAAAGGUACUUCAGCAAAAAAAAUUAUGAUCAAAGGAAAGGCACGCUUGGUUAUAUCAUCGGUGUCACUGUGAGGGGAAAAGAAAAAUGGUCACCAAUAUGACUGAAUGCAAGUACAAUGAAACGGUCUGGAAUCAGAAAAUGGACGUGAUGUACACCUACUUCUACCUGAUUCUCUUCAUACCCGGGUUGCUGCUCAACACCACUGCACUCUGGGUCCUCCUCAGAUACAUCAGCAAGAAGACCAAGGCGGUGAUCUUCAUGAUAAACCUGGCGAUCGCAGACCUGGCCCACAUCCUCUCUCUGCCCCUCAGGAUCUAUUAUUAUUUCACGCACACCUGGCCCUUUGGACGCGGCCUCUGCUUGUUCUGCUUCUACCUGAAAUAUCUCAACAUGUACGCCGCUAUAGUGUUCCUGGUGUGCAUCAGCAUGCAGAGGUGUCUGUUCCUGCGGAAGCCGUUCACGGCUCGACGGUGGCGGCGUCGCUAUGACCUGCUGAUCAGCUUUGUCGUGUGGGUUGUGGUUGGUCUGGGCUGCUCUCCCUUUAUCCUGAUGCGGAGUAGCAACAACAGCACCCAUGCCCAGUUUCCCUUAGGUGUCACCAAACAGAGUUUAGACUCCAACGCCACUUCGGCGGGCUGUUUUAAAGACUUGCCCAUGCGCCAACCUCCUCUCUCGGUGACGAUCACCAUGCUGGUCUUUCUUGAGGCGUGUGGUUUCCUAAUCCCUCUAGCAUGCAUGUCAUACAGCACUGUCCGCAUCUUCUGGUCACUCAAGGAGAAGCAGAUCCAGGAUCAGCACAACUCCUUCAACUCCUCAGCACGCAGCCGCCUCCACUCAGUCACCUCCAACUGCCAGGCGGAGAAACCGAAUGAAAAGCAGACAAAUGGCGAGAAGCGGCGUGCUCUGCGGAUGGUGGUGGGCUGCUUCAUUCUCUUUUUGUUCUGCUUCGCUCCGUACCACCUCAACUUCGCGCUCUACCUGAUGGUGAAGCAGAGUAUCGUGUCCAGCUGCACUGUCAGCAGGGUGGUGCUCCAGUUUCACCCAGUGUCUCUGUGCAUGGCGGGCCUGAGCUGCUGCUUCAACCCCAUCCUUUAUUACUUUCUUACAGCUGAGUUUAGGAUGCACCUCAAAAGGCGCACCUCCUCCUUCUCGUCCUCCAUCUCUUCCCCGACCACUUCACCGACCCAGUGUCCUUUGCAGAGCAGACUCAUGAGCACCUCCUCAUACAGGGAGUAGCAUUGCUCAAAGGAAAAGUCCAUGAAGGAUUCUGUUGAACUUUAAAGCCGACUGACACCGGGUCCAAGCUGGAUAUGAUCAUCUGACAUGUUGCAGCUGUCUGAACACAAACAACCCAAAAGACAUUGACCUGAGUUGUGUGAAGCCCGCCUCCUCUAAAGCAAGCAGAAAACACCUUCCAACAUGCAGACAGUAUUGUAAACGCUGCCCAAUGUUUCAGUUUGUGUGUAUAAAACUUGAUAUAAGCUAUGUAAUAAAAGCUGUAUGCGAAAUGCACUCCCAUUAAAAGCUUUAAGUCUCA